UCAAUGUAAUAACUGCAGGAUGGACUUUAUUCAACAUAACUAAAAAGACGGAACAGACAGACAAGACAUCUCUGGUCUACGCUGAUCAAAAACACUGGGUUCCUGAGGAUGAUGUCAGGGUAUUCACUGUCUGUGGUGGGUGUGGCGCUGCUCCUAUCCUUGGGGCGAUGCCAGAACGGAUGCUUUGUCCAGGACGGAACACCAGGAGGGAAAGGAACUCCAGGCCGGGAUGGACGACAAGGAGCAAAGGGAGAAAAAGGAGAGCCAGCUGUGCUGGAUGCGGUGUUGCCCGGUGUACUGAAAGGGAUGAAGGGGAGCCGGGGGGUUCCGGGGGACAUGGGGCCUAAAGGUUUAAGUGGAGAUCUGGGACCUGAGGGUCCUUCUGGGCCCCCUGGCGCCCCUGGUCCCGCAGGGAGAGGCGGGGACCAAUCCCAUCAACACCGUGCGGCCUUCUCCGUGUCCCGGACAGACAUCUCCUACCCCCCCUACAGACGAACCCUGACCUAUAACUCCGCCAUCACCGACAGCAGCCUGAUCAGUUUGACCUCUGGAAUAUUCACCUGCAGCAUACCUGGAGUCUACUAUUUUGUCUUCCACUCAGUGGCCAAGGUGGGCAUGUGUCUGUAUCUGAAUAGUGACGCGCUGGGAGAGAGGAAGCUGGGUUUCUGUGACUACAACAGCAGAGCCACUACUCAGGUUCUGUCCGGAGGUGUGGUGUUGGACCUAUCACGUGGCAACAAGGUGUGGCUGGAGCCGUUUAAAGACGAGCAGCCGGAGAAUGUGAAGGAAGACAAGAAGGACAAGAAGAUCGUGUUUAACGGCUUCCUGCUCUUCCCCACCGGGAAGUGAUGUCACAACGCCAUGCAGUGACCUCGUCACAACGCCAUGCAGUGACCUCGUCACAUGAGCUGUCCCAGGAACCAACCAUUACUAACACUGUUCUAUACUGAUCUAUACUUUUCUAUACUGAUCUAUACUGUUCCAAACAGUUCUAUACUUUUCUAUGCUGAUCAUCUAUACUGAUCUAUACUGUUCUAUACUGAUCGACACUUUUCUAUUCUGUUCUAUACUGAUCUACACUUUUCUAUACUGUUCUAUACUGUUCUAUACUGAUCUAUACUGUUCU